AUGCGUGAAAGCUCUAUCGCUGAACGUCGUGUUGCGGGAGGAGAAGGAGAAGCGGAAGGGGAAGGGGACGGGCACGAAGGGAAAAGAGGAGGACGAGGAAGGGGAGGAGUAGGAGAAGCGGGGGGAGGAGGAGGAGGGGUAGGGGGGUCAGGUGGUAGUGACGGCACGGGCAGCUGCGUAAUCUCGACGGCUACUGCAUACGCCACCGACCAGGCCUCGGGAUCCGCCCGCUCAACAGCGCGUUCGUCCGCCGCCGCUCCUUCUGCUCCUUCCGCCCCUUCCGCCCCUUCCCCUUCUUCCGGCCCUUCCGCUCUUUCCGCUCCUUCCGCUUCUUCCGCCAUACUGGAAGCCAUGGCUGCGCUCGCAGUCUCCCCCUUCGCGCCUUCCGCCUCUGCUGCGCAAUCUCCGCUUCCUUCCAACCCCUCUCACCGUCCCGCCUCGUCCUCCCGCUCUCCGUUCACAUCGGGACGUGCCCUGCUCCGAACCACCUCGGCCGAGCCUGCCGUUCUGGCUUGGAGCCACGGCUGGCCGCCCUCGACUAGGUCCGGCAGCAGCCGCCCAUCCGCAGCUCAACCGAAGCAAACCGAGCAGGUGUACGUGGACCAGGAAGGUCUGGGGCAGGUAAAUUCAGGGAAGGUGAUUUCGGGGCAGGGAAACCUCGGGCAGGCUAACGUGCAAGUGCAACAGCAGCAGCAGCAGCAGCAGCAGCUGCAGCAACAGCCGAAGAAGAAAACUCGGCGGCGGUUUCAAUACCACGAUUUACCACACCCAAGGUCGGUAGAGGGUGGCAUGAACCUGGAUGGAGGCGAGAGGAAGGGAGAGAGAGGGGGGAAAGGAGGGGUUGAAGGGUCAGGAGGUAGAGGAGGAGGAGGAGGAGGAGAAUCCGACGUGGAAGGAGGAAACACACCUGAAGAAAGACGUGCAGAGGGGGGAGGGGGCGGAGAAGCGGAAGGAUGGGGGGAAGGAGGAUCGGGAAGCGGAGGAGGGGGAGAUGGAGGAGGGGCAACAGGAGGAAGAGAGGAGCGGAGGCAGGGGCGCAAGGGGAGGCAUCGCAAGACGUUGAGUCUGGACGGGAGGGUUCUUGUGGGAGCGCUGAUUGAGGGACUCGGCCUCUCGAAACGUGCUGCUGCUGCUGCUGUUUCCCCUCCUCCUCCUGCUGCUGCUGCUUCUGCUUCUGCUUUCCCUACUGCUGCUGCUGCUGCUGCUGCUGCUGUUGCUCCUGCUGCUUUUCCUGCUGCUGCUUCUUCUGCUGCUUCUGCUGCUUCUCCGGCUGCUGCUGCUGGCACUGCUGCUACUGCCGCUGCUUCUCCUUCUGCAGCUUCUGCUGAGGCCUUCAACGUCACUACUGCCUCUGCAGAGCCCUUAAUGCAUGCAGCAGCAGACACAGGCCGUGAUGAUCCCAGGAACGAGUGUGGUGAUGAGAGUGGCAGCACCCACGGAGGGAGGAGUGCUGCUGCUGCAGAGGAGAAGGGUGGUAGUGGCAGUGGCGACAGCAGUAGCACUGGUAUUGGGAAAGAGGAAUGUAAGGUUCAAUCAGACCCCUCAGAUGCAGCAGCAGCAGCAGCAGCAGCAGCAGCAGCAGCAGCAGCAGCAGCAGCAGCAGCAGCAGCAGCAGCAGCAGCAGCAGCAGCAGCAGCAGCAGCAGCAGCAGCAGCAGCAGCAGCAGCGGCAGCAGCGGCAGCGGCGGUAGCACCAGCGGUAGGCGCAGCCGCUGAUAGAGGAGGAGGAGAAGUAGGAGGAGGAAGAGGAGGGGGAAAAGCGAGGGGGAGACAUCGCAGAACGCGCAGCUUAGAUGGGCCGAUUUCCAUGUGGGCCUUUGGAGGGCUGGGGAAGAUUAGCGGCAGGCAAACAGACAGGGCGAGAGAAAGGGAGCAGGCAGGCAGUGGCACAGGAACCCCCAGUCCUAGAAUUGUUGCUGCUGCUGCUGCUGCUGGUGGUGCUGCUGGUGCUGCUGCUGGUGCUGCUGCUGCUUCUUCUCCUCGUCUUGCUGACUCGGCAGAUGGUUUAGGUCAAAGGGGAGGUAAAGUAGAGGAAUAUGCAGCACCAGCAGCAGCAGGUACAGAAGCGGUGACGGAGGGAGGUUUAGAGGGGGCGUGGAGGAAGGGCAAGGGUGGGAAACGCAGCGGUCUUAAGAUGGUUAUAUUCUUGGACAGAUUUGGUAGUGGUGCUGCUGAUGCUGCUGCUGACGGUGCUGAUGCUGCUGGCAGUGCUGGUGAUGCUGCUGCUGGCGGUGCUACUGCUGGCACUCCUACUGCUGCUGCUGCUGCUGCUGCUGCUGCUGCUGCUGCUGCUGCUGCUGCUGCUGCUGCUGCUGCUGCUGCCGGUGCUGCCGGUGCCAACAGCGAAAGGUUGGCUGGCAGCGAGGGACAGGAUCCAUUCAGUGCGUCUCCUGGCGUUAGUUUCUUCGGAGGUGGUGGAGGAGGAGGAGGGAUAAGAGGAAGGGCAGGAGGAGGGAGUGGGCGGAAGGGAGCACUAGCAGCAGGGCUGCAGGCAUUAAUCAGCCCGCGUGUAGGUUCUGUCACUCGGUCGUUCUUCUCCCCCAUGCCGUCCCCCACCACCCCUCCUGUGCUGGGUCACACACAGUGGGGAGGGGGAUCUAGGUCUAAGGGAAAGAAUGCUCCUCCUUCUGCUUCUCCCCGUGGGGGUGCUGGGGGUGCUGCUGCUGCUGCUGCUGCUGCUGCUGCGACUGCUGUUGCUGCCACUGCUGCUGCUUCUGCUUCUGCUUCUCCUCGGGGGGGUACUGCUGCUGCUGCAGCUUCAUCUGGUGCGGCUGCUUUUUCUUCCUCUGCCACCGCCGCAGCAGCUGCUGCGUCUUGUUUCGCGUGCACGGGGGACGAUGGUGAUAGCACCGUUGAUGGGAACCCAGGGGAGCGUAUUAAUAUGAGCGAGGCUGGGGAGUGUGAGGGUGGAGGAGAGUGGAAGGAGGCCGAGAGCAAGGGGAACGUGGAGAGCAGGGGGGCAGCACAGCAGGGAACUAGAGAAGCGCCAGCGCUGCACACGCCGUGUGCAGAUCGGUGGGAGACGUCAGGAACACCCGUUUCUAAGCCAGGUGACGUGGCAGCUGACGUGGCAGCUGAUGUGGCAGCUGACGUGGACCAGUUUGCAGCCAGUGCCACCCUCCCGUGCGAGCGUUCUGCCCGCGGAGAAGAAGAAGAAGAAGCUGCUAGUGGUGCAGAACACCCAGCAGAGUACCCUGUGCUGGAUCUCCAGCACAGGGUACUCUGCUGCCCAGCAAUUGCUUCACUUGAGGCCAUUGGAUCUCCAACCUGCGUUCCUCUUUCUCUCACCACUCUUCCUCCUCAUGCUGCUCCUGCUGCUGCUCCUGCUGCUGCAGCUUCAGUGCUGCCUCUUUCUCCCCCGCAUAAUUCCCCCCCUGCCGUACCUCGUCCUCCUCCCUCUGGUUCCCCUCCCAAGCCCUCUGUUCAUCCUCAAAGUGAGAAUGGUCCCCUUGCUGCUGAGGCUCUCAAUGCAAUAACAACAGCAACAGGCUGGGCCAGUUUGCAGCAGCAGCUGCAGGAGGCGCAGGAGGAGGAGGAGGAGAAGCAGCAACGGCAGCAGGAGCAGCAGCAGCAGCAGCAGCAGGAGCAGCAGCAGCAGGAGCAGCAGCAGCAGGAGCAGCAGCAGCCGGAGCAGCAGCAGCAGGAGCAGCAGCAAGGGGGGCAGGGGGUGCAGGGGCAACAGGAGGAACAAGGGGGGCAAAGGGGACAGGAGGCGCAAGGGGUGCUGGGGGGGCAAGGGGGGCUUGGGGGACAAGGGGGACAAGGGGGACAAGGGGUGCAGGGGGGGCGGAGACACAAGGCAUCAGUUAUAAGCCUGAGUAUAGCGGCAGGCCUGCAUGCUCUGGGUAUGGUGAGGAGAGGAGGGGAUGGGGAGGUGGGGGUGGAAGAGAAAGAGGAGGAGGAGGAGGAGGAGGAGGAGGAGGAGGAGGAGGAGGAGGAGGAGGAGGAGGGGACGGGGGCGGGGGAGGGAUGGGAGGUGGAGGGGGACAGAGGUUCAGGAGCAGGGUCUGGGAAUGGGAGUAGAAGCAUCGGCAUGACUCGCACCUCCACUGGCAGCAGGCUGUCUCGUUUCGUCACUGCUUCGGGGGAUCGCGAUGGCCGAAAAGGGGGCUAUUCUGCUGCAACAGCCGCAGGAGCAUCGGGUGAAGCAGGGAUGGGAGGAGGCGGAGGAGGAGGGGCAGCGGGAGGAGGAGGAGGAGGGGGGGAGGAAGAGUGGAGGUUUGGAAACGAGGGGGAGGAGCCAGUGGGGGAUUUACCAUGGGUGGGAUCUAACUUAGAUGGCCCUUUGCUGCCGUCUGCUGCUAUUUAUGAGGCGUUGAUGCUCUCUCCUCGGUACGAUGCGGUGGGGCAGUUGGGGCAGUCAGAUGCAGAUGGAUCUGGUGGGACAGUUGGGACAGUUGAGGCACGAGAUCUGCUGAUGGCAAUGGUGAGGGAGAAACGAAUCACUUCGGCUGCUGUUGCAGCAGCUAUGGCCGCAGUUGCUUCCUCAGGCGUUGGUGAUGGUGCUGUUGGUGCUGCUGGUGUUGCUGGUGCUGCUGCUUCCGCCGCCGCUGCUGGUGGUGCCGGUAGUGGUGCUGGUGCCUCGGGUAUGAACUAUAAAGGAGGAGCGGAAGAAGGAGAGGAGGAGGACGACGACGAUAGUGUGCCCCUCUGUUACUCCUCUCCUCUUCCCUUUGCCCCGGGCAACCACUGGGCUCUACUCAUGCGCCAAAGCCUGGAGUGCGACGAAACCAGCAGCGGAAACUUCGAGCUGCACCGGUCGAAAGCGGUGGAGGACGGUGCGGAGCCGUGGGGGGGUGGUGGAGACGGAGAGGGGGAGGGAGUGGGGGAGGAGGGUGGUGCUGGGGUGGGGAACGGGGGACAAGCGCCGGGGUUUCAGGAUAUGUUGGUAUUGAAUGAUGUGGGUAGGAGUAGUGAUGGGACUCCUGUCAUGUCCACCUCAUCCUCGCUGGUUAUAGGGGUUGUGGAGGGGGGGGAGAGGGGGGUGGAGGGUGCGGAGAGAGGAGGGGGGGAGGGUCGGGGGUCUGUGGGGGGGAGUGUGGAGGGGGCUUCAUGGCAUGGGAUGGUUUUUGAGGAAGGUUUUCAAAAAUCGCCUGUGGGAACAAGGAUGGGCGGGGAAGAAGAGGAUGGGGGAGUGUUGGUGGAGGAGCGAGGGGAGGGAGGAGAGGAGGUGGUUUUCGAGAGAGGGGGUCUCACAUCAGGGUGUGUGAUAGGGGUAGAGGAUGAUGGGGUGAAUAUGGUGGCAUUGGAACAUUCAGCAGGCUCUGGUUCUGCUGUGGGUGUGGUGACUGGGGUGGUAGGUGCAGGGGCAGGGGGAAUAGGACUAGGUCUCUUUGUAGUUGUGGAUGAGGAGGGAGAAGAGGGGGAGUUGGAAGGGGUUGGGAGCGGUGGAGAGGGUUUGGAGUGGAAUUGUGGGGCGUCUAGUGUGAUGUGUGCCAUGGGAAGCAUGUCUGAGCCUGAUGCUGCUCUGCAUGAAUUCGGGCUCAUGCAGGAGAUGGGGCAGGACAUGGGGCAUGACAUGGGGCAAGACAUGGGGCAAGAUGUGGCAUCUGAUGUGGACCCAGAAGUGUAUGGGUUGAUCCAUAGCGACUCUGGAAAUCCCUGUUGCAGUGCCUACUUCCCGUGA